AUGUAUCAAAGUGAGAUUUCUUUGGAUGUUGGCCUUUUGUCUGGUUUAGCAUUCCAACAUUUAAUAAUUAAUUCAGAAACUAAAUUUGGUACACUUGUUGGAAUGCUUGGACGUAAACCAUCAAAUGUGAUCUUACGAGACAAUUGGAGAUUAUCUGGAAAAUCGUGA